GUGUUUUAACGUCCGAAAUUUCAUUUUUGUUUGAUAAAAUAUAAAGAUUUGAUUGGUAAACAUGAAGCUUACUGUUUUUUUAAGUCUUUGUGGUACAUAAGAGAGAAGAGGGACGAGAAAGCAGGAGGACCAGCAAUGAGAACUUCCACUCCAAAGAGUUCCAGUUAUACGUUUUGAUGUCAGAAUUUGAAAAAAGGACAAGCCAAAAUCAGAAACUUCAACAGCCAAAGAUAGAAAGAUGAUUCGCGGUGGUGCUUUGACAAAUGUCGGAUUAAGCUUAACCGCCUUCCUCUUCCUUGCCGUCGUUCGCAGCCAGGAGACGUGCAGCAAAACCUGCAUUGCACAGAGAUACAACGGUCUCAGUGUUCGCUAUGGGAAAUAUUGUGGGAUAGGUUACUUCGGAUGUCCUGGAGAGCCACCUUGUGAUGAUCUUGAUACUUGUUGUAUGAACCAUGACAAUUGUGUUACUGUAAAAGGCAUGACUUAUGUUAACUGCCACAAGCAGUUCCAGCGUUGCAUAAACGAGCUAAAAAAAUCAGUCCAACAAUCUAACAACCAGAAGGUUGGAUUUUCCAAGCAAUGUCCUUAUUCGACAGUGAUACCAACCGUGUACAGAGGAAUGGAUUACGGCAUUUUCUUCAGUAAAAUAGGUAAUAUCAUUAAACCUAAGCCGCCAGCAAGGCCCGCGUCUGUCGUGGAGGUGGAUCUCGCUCGGAGUAAAGCGGACACAAAGGAUGGCCUUGGAACAAAGCAAGGCCUUCAAACAAAACAAGGCUCCAAAGUCUCUGUUCCAAUGAACCCUUCCCCUUCCUGAACAUCAGCUUAUAAGGUCAAAACAAAACAGCAGUGAAUGGAUUGGUCGUCCAUAUGUACAGUAUCUACAUAUCACUUUAGUUUCUAUUUUACUCUAGAUGUGAGAUUAUUAUAACAAAUUUAUAUAACUAUAUAGGAAAUAGAUAUAAUGUUUAGAAACA